GUUUGAUGGAUACCGGCUAAACUUUAAGGACAUCAGCGAUUGUUUUUUCGUGACGUUUCCAGCGAUUGAGGGACUUUGAAAUUUUUCUCAUGUGAGAUUUUGUAGUUUUGUUUUUUUUUUUUUGGAUUCCACACGUGAGCACUUUCCUCCUGUCCCAUUCCCUUGAGGGCAGUUAUUUUUCCAGCUAUUAAGGAUUUGUUUGCCCUUGCCUGGACACAGCCCUCAUUCUUUCAUUGCAGCUCGCCCUGGACCCUCAUGAGCUUAUGCUUCCUAAAUGGGGGAGCAGGAGGAAGAAAUAUGAUCCUCUGUUUUGUGGUGUGUUUAGAGCAGCAGCAACCGUGUGUGGUUUCCAUGGAAAAGGCCAGAGAAAUAUGGCACAGAGGGGCUGCAUAAAUGCUCAACCUCUAUGUCUGUGGUCCAAGUGAAAUCGAAGCCGGCUAGCGUAGCACUGCAAGCUCCACCUUGGAACUCCUUGUUCAGACUCUUCUCAUGUGUAGCCACAAGGAGCGUGCACAAACCUAAAGAGGUCCCCACAUUUCAAGAGAAGACGACAGCCUUAUUUGGAAAUCUUAUGGACGAAGAAAUGAGUCGCCAGACUGCCACCGCGCUGCCCACAGGAACCUCCAAGUGCCCCCCAUCUCAGCGCGUGCCCACCCUGUCAGGCACCACAGCCUCCAACAGUGACCUGGCCAGCCUGUUCGAGUGUCCUGUCUGCUUCGACUAUGUCCUACCCCCCAUCCUGCAGUGCCAGUCCGGACACCUGGUAUGCUCCAACUGCCGGCCCAAGCUCACCUGUUGCCCCACCUGCCGAGGUCCCCUGGGCUCCAUUAGGAACCUGGCCAUGGAGAAGGUGGCCAACUCUGUCCUCUUCCCCUGCAAGUACGCCUCGUCGGGCUGCGAAGUCACCCUGCCUCACACAGACAAGACCGAGCACGAAGAGCUCUGCGAGUUUCGGCCGUACUCUUGCCCCUGCCCCGGCGCCUCCUGCAAGUGGCAGGGCUCCCUGGACGCUGUCAUGCCUCACCUGAUGCACCAGCACAAGUCCAUCACCACGCUGCAGGGCGAGGACAUCGUGUUUCUGGCCACAGACAUCAACCUGCCGGGCGCCGUCGACUGGGUCAUGAUGCAGUCCUGCUUCGGCUUCCACUUCAUGCUGGUGCUGGAGAAGCAGGAGAAGUACGACGGACACCAGCAGUUCUUCGCCAUCGUGCAGCUCAUCGGCACCCGCAAGCAGGCCGAGAACUUCGCCUACCGGCUGGAGCUGAACGGGCACCGGCGCCGGCUGACCUGGGAGGCGACGCCGCGCUCCAUCCACGAGGGCAUCGCCACCGCCAUCAUGAACAGCGACUGCCUGGUGUUCGACACGUCCAUCGCACAGCUGUUCGCCGAGAACGGCAACCUGGGCAUCAACGUCACCAUCUCCAUGUGCUAAGAACUUUACAGAGAAGAGGGUCAAAAAGUUACAGAUUGUUCGGGGGGCAUUUUUUUAGGGGGGGGUCAAAUCAGUUCUGACCUCAUGGCGCCUCCCCCCCUUCUCUGCCUCACCCCUUGACAUGUGGAACUGGACUGUCUGGUCGGGCAGCCGUGGAGGCCCAGAGGGGUGAGAUGGAUGGAUGGAUGAAUGAAUGGAUGAAUAAACACACAAGGACGUAACUGUGUAGUGAUGGCUGUAGACUUCUAAACACACACAUGUGAGACUCGUGCACAUACAUGCAGUCUCACCCUCUAUUGGUCAUAAACACAAACUGAGAAGUCGUUCAAACUCGCUUGUCAAACUGGUCUCCUGGCCACGUGUCUGUCUCCGAGUGAUUUCUUUCCCCCUCCCAUCAGUCUCAUUUUAGUGUCUCUUUUCUCUCGGCCUCAGUCAGACAUUUCAGACACUACAACUCUAAAGCCUGGAAGCUGCUUCACCCCCGACAAGCUACUAAUUCACCACGGACUCCUGGUCAGUGCAAGGAAGCUAGCCAGCUAUCUAGCUCUCCCUUUCUGUUCUUCACCCGCCUCAGUUACCUCCCCGGAUUGAACGGUUUCCACUCGCAGGGCUUCGACAGUAGCUGUGGCUGCUAAUGACUGACUGGAACCCGGAAUCCAUAAAAGAAAAAAAACCUUUCACCUGUGAGCGACGUGGCUAUCGAUGGCUGACUGGAACCGUCAUCUAUAGACAUGGAUGACUGUAGCACCCCAAACCAUCCACACGCGUCCCGGAUGGAAAAACAAAUCGGCAAAAGCUCAUUUGAUUUCUUCCUGAUCCACCACGAGGCUAAAGAUUGUGCAUCUUUAACUAGUUGACUGUCGUCGUUGAUAGUUAUUAGACUCUGCUGUCAUACUGUAUGGAUUGAAGAAGGCCCUCAGCUACAUCAGCCCUGGACUUAGUUUGUUUUUGUUUGUUUAUUUUCACACAAACACAUCUGUUCCUUGCAUCACAGGUCUAAUAGUGGAUGAGUCGACCGAGGAACAGAGUUUUUUUUUCAGAACAAGGAAAAAAAAAAAAAGAAACACUGCAUUUCAGUUUUUCUUUCCGGGUUUCUUUCUUAAGUCUGUCUUUUCUUUUUAAUUAGUUUUUUUGUAUGACAAGAGAGAAGAACUCCUGAUAUUUUUGUGUGUGAGAGAAAGAUUCUGGCAUAAAAAAAGCCUGCUCGUUUUCUCCCUUUCCUCUUCUUCUUCUUUUUGUUUCUGCUCUGUCUUCUGCCGGCCACUGAUUGACUGAUCACCCAACCAGGAAUGAGGGACAGUUUGUACCGUUACAAUGUUGCUAUUGUUAUUAUUAAAUGGAGAUUAUCAUAAUUAUCAUUUUUUGUAUUGAAUUUUAAAAACAAAAAUUAAAAAGGCAGUUGUAAAACUUGUGGCUAAACUUCAGUGUUUGUAGUUAAAAAGCAAGUUGUGUCGUUCUUCUGAAGGUUUGUUCUUUUUUUUUUUGAUUUGUCUCCAGAGUUGGGUUGUUUUCAUCUAUUUGUCUCUGUCUUCUUGUUUGUGUGGUAAGUCUUUUCUUCACCCCCUUUUUACUUUUUUUUUUUUUUUGUUGUUGUUGGAGGAGGAGGGAGGUUUAGCCAAUCAUCUCUCACUUUCUCUUCACGUGGAGUCUCAGUAAUGUUGCUGCUCUCCCUCGAGUCCUUGACUAUUUUCUGUUUUAAUUUGUCAUUAAAUAAAUCUAUCUUUUUCAUA